AUGUCUUUUUUCAGAGAUAGUAAACCUAUCCUCAAGGAAUUAUUGUACGGAAGAACACGUAUUUAUACUGCGCUUCCACCUGGCUCUUCCCAUUCUCCAACAAGUUCUAAAUCUUCACCGACUGCGUCUUCGUCUCCGCUUUAUUGGCAAUGGCAAACUACAACUUCAAGUACUGGGGUUCCGGAAGAAAAGAGUAAGGUACUCAGUUUUAUUGGAAGUAUCAAGCAAAGCCUGAGUGCCAUGUUUCUUCCAGUUGGUUAUCCAGAGACGGUCCAUGAGUGCUAUGCUAAAUUCCAUGUUUGGUUGUCUUUAGAAACGUUUAUAGGAUCAUCGACGGGUGUUUUAUGUAGUCAAGCCAUGCUUUCUUCUUUGGGUUUAGGUCAUGCAGAAGCGGCGGCUGGCGCGGUUGCGAUUCAAUGGGUUCUUAAAGACGGUUUUGGUGAAAUAGGAAAAUUAUUUUUUAUAAAAAGAUUCGCAUACUCCUUUGAUUCGCAUCCCAAAUCAUGGAAAAUGAUUAGUGAAAUAUUUGCUAUCACAGGAUAUUUUCUCCAGCUAUGCACAUGCAUAGCAAAGAAUUCACUUUUUUUACCGUUAGCUUCUUUGGGAAAUGCUUUUGAAAGCAUUCAAUACAGUAUAUUUGGAGCUACACAUAUGGCAUUUAUCCGAAACUUUGCUCUUUCUGGAAAUGUUGGCGAUAUUGUUGCUAAAGAUGAUGCGCAAAUGUCUCUGGCGCACUUGCUUGGAAUGUUUUGCGGUAUUGGCAUGAUUACUAUUUCUCAUGAUCCGGCCUUUUUGUUUGCAUGUUUUACUGUCCUUGCACCCAUCAACGUCAGGCAAUAUAUCGAUUGUGGUAAAGUUCCGACUAUGGAAGAACUUAAGGAUAGAGAAAUUGGUUUUGGUGAAUGGGUCAAACCAGGAAAAAGUCCUAUAGGUGUUAAAAUACGUUUAGGAGUUCCUGCAUCAGACGCGUUCCGCAAAACUGAAGAUAUGAUGAAUUCUUUGGAUGUAUUGGGGAAUGAAAAUUAUUUACUAAACUAUUCCAACACAAUUAACACAAUUGACAUUCUUUACCAUUCCGAUGCUGAAUCUAAUGACGUGAUAAAGUCCAUACUUCAUUCGCUUAAAUUUCAUGACUACGUAACUAAACAUAAUAUGGCACAGAUGAAUUCUGAAGACAUAACUCAGUGUAUCGGAGAGUCAAUGCGAGAAAGUCAUAAAUGGACGAAUGAAAACUUUGGAAAAUUUGUGGCAGAAUUGGACGACAAAGAUUGGCAGAGUGAUGUAAUUUUUUGGUCAGAUAAAGGAUUCAGAGUUGCAUGGGAACGUAACCGAGGCAAAACAAUAUAA